CCGGGGCUGAGGACACCAUCUACUUGUGCAACUUUCGGGUUUCCGUGGAUGGUGAUUGGCUGUGUCUCAAGGAGCUAGCAGAGGGAGGAUCCAGAGUGGAGCGGUCGGCAUCCACUUCACCCGGCUCCCCCCCGCCCUCAGAGCGGGAUCCUGUGAGCAUUGAACGCAGCAAUCUUGUAAAUAUCUGCAAACUGGUGGUCAAGGAGCUGAUCGAGUCUUCCCUCAAGUUUGGACGUAUGUUGGAUUCAGAUUCUGUGCCUCUGCAGCAUUUCUUUAUUGUCUUAGAACAUGUUUUACGCCACGGGCUCAAGCCUAAACGAGGUAUCUUAGGACCAAAGAAGGAAUUGUGGGACCUCUUCCAAAUGGUGGAAAAAUGGAGUUAUGAAGCGCAAGACAUCACAGCCAGUGUACGUGAUUUACCAACAGUCAAAACCCAUAUUGGGAGGGCACGAGCCUGGCUUCGCUUAGCCUUAAUGCAGAAGAAACUGGCAGAUUAUUUCCGGCUCUUAAUUGAGAGACGGGAUGAUCUACUCACAGAAUUUUAUGAGCCUGGAGCCCUCAUGCUAGCUGAUGAAGCCAUUGUUAUCAUGGGCCUCUUGGUUGGACUGAAUGUCAUUGACUGUAAUUUAUGUGUAAAGGAAGAAGAUUUAGACAGCCAAAUGGGUGUCAUAGACUUUUCUUUGUAUCUCCGAAAUGCUGGAGGAGAAGCCAGCCCUGAUGACAGUCCUGAACAGACAGACAUGACAACUGUAUUGGACCAGAAAAACUACAUUGAAGAGCUUAAUCGCCAUCUGAAUGCUACAGUCACAGAUCUACAAGCAAAAAUGGAGACUCUUACCACCACAAAUGCGCUGAUGAAAGAGGACCUGGCCAUUGCAAAAAACUCAAUAUUGCAUUUGCAAGAGGAUAAUGACCGUCUGCGCAAGGACAAGGGACUCCCAACUCAGCAACAGCAAGAACAGUUAGAUAGGGAGGCCAAGAAAGCCAGUCGCAUUAGUGUCAUUGGUUGUGAGGAAGAAAUGCAGGACCUUAAACAACAACUGGAGGAAGAAAGUGCUCAUAGGAAACAGGUUGAGAGAGAACUUGAACUGCAGAUUCAGAUGAAAGCUGAGAGCGAGAUGGCAGCAAAAUUGUUGGAGAAGGACAUUCAUGAAAAACAGGACACCAUCAUUAGCCUACGUCGACAGUUGGAUGAUAUCAAAGUCAUCAAUUUGGAGAUGUACAAGAAAUUACAGGAAUGUGAGAGCUCAUUAAAACAGAAAACUGAACUCAUCGGUCGGCUGGAGGCCAAGGCAGCUGAAAUGGCAGAGACCAUACGCAAUUUGGAGGCACAGUAUAUAUCAGAUGGUGAGAUACAUUCGUCCACCUUGGAAACUGACCUUAAAAUUGAACGGGAAUGGCGUCAGUCCUUGCAAGAGACCCUGAUGAAAGACCGAGAAUCCUUGGCUCAAUUCCAGAGGCAGAUAGCUGAGUUGCAGAAGAAGGAAGAUGAAUAUGAGGUUCUGAAGGGAGCACACAUUCAGCUAAUAUCAACAGUGGAAAAUCAAGAGAGAACACUUGAAGAACUUGGUGCUCAUUUGUCAGAAUCAAAGCUCAAGAUGGCAGACCUACGUGAUGUCAGUAAAUCAUUACGUGAUGCUCAGUGGGCCCCGGACAAAGAGGCCUCCCACUGCCCCUUCUGUAGAAAGAUUUAGCAUAUC